AUGCCUGUCUCCAAGAGGGCGCGGGUGGUCCAUGAGUCCAAAGUCACCAAAAAGUCCCACAAGGAACAGACCAGACGGCUGUUCGCUAAUAUUCAAACGGCUGUCACUCAAUAUGACCAUUUAUUUUUGUUCUCAGUGGAUAAUAUGAGAAAUACAUAUUUAAAGGAUGUCCGCAGCGAGUUUGCUGAUUCCCGCCUCUUCUUCGGAAAAACAAAAGUAAUGGCCGUUGCCCUCGGUAACACCCCGGAGACAGCCUGUGCCCCAAAUCUCGAAAAAUUAGCCCCUUACCUGACCGGCGCCGUCGGCCUCCUCUUCACUUCCCGAUCCCCACAAUCCGUCCUCGAUUUCUUCGACUCAUUCCACCCCACCGACUUCGCGCGCGCGGGAGCCGUCGCUCCCCGCUCCUUCACAAUCCCCAGCGGCAUCGUGUAUUCGCAGGCCGGCGAGGUGUCCAGCAGCCUGGACGCGCCGCUCAGCCACACUAUUGAGCCGACGUUGAGGAAGCUCGGUGUGCCAACGCGACUGAUCGGGGGCAAAGUUGUGUUGGAGAUGGAUGGGGACGGGUACCAGGUGUGUAAAGCUGGUGAGACCUUGGAUUCAAGGCAGACGACGCUGUUGAAGAUUUUUGGGGUUGCGGUUGCGGAGUUUAGAGUUGAAAUGAAAGCACAGUGGAACAGGGAGGAUGGGUCUAUUGUCAUUUUGGACAGGAAGGAUCACGACAUGGAGGGUUGA